CCUAGUGGUACAGCGUUUCCUCCCGGCAACAGCCCGAGCCGGCGCUCAUAGGCUGAGCACACUGAGGUCGGGACUGGGAGGUGGCUGCGGCGCGUGCUCAUUGGCUGGUGUAUGGCUUGCAGCCACCCUUGAAUUGGUUGACUCUGUACGGCUGCGCAGAUGCCGACUUUAGAGGAGGCGGAGUUUCGGCCUUCGCCUGCUGGAAAAGCAGUAGGAUCGGCCAGUGGCGACAGCAGGAGCUGAGCCUAAGCCCUGGCGGGGCUUUGGGCUGUAGAUUCCUGUCUGACUAAAGGGACCUCAAAAAGGAGGGAAAAUGGCUUCUGAGUCUGAAACUCUGAAUCCCAGUGCUAGGAUAAUGACCUUUUAUCCAACUAUGGAAGAGUUCCGAAACUUCAGUAGAUACAUUGCCUACAUUGAAUCCCAAGGAGCUCAUCGGGCAGGGCUAGCCAAGGUUGUUCCUCCAAAAGAGUGGAAGCCACGAGCAUCCUAUGAUGACAUUGAUGAUUUGGUCAUUCCUGCCCCCAUUCAGCAGCUGGUGACGGGGCAGUCUGGCCUCUUUACUCAGUACAACAUACAGAAGAAAGCCAUGACUGUUCGAGAGUUCCGCAAGAUAGCCAAUAGCGAUAAGUACUGUACCCCACGCUAUAGUGAGUUUGAAGAGCUCGAGCGGAAAUACUGGAAAAAUCUUACAUUCAAUCCUCCAAUCUAUGGUGCAGAUGUGAAUGGUACCCUCUAUGAAAAGCAUGUUGAUGAGUGGAAUAUUGGCCGGCUGAGAACAAUCCUGGACUUGGUGGAAAAGGAGAGUGGGAUCACCAUUGAGGGUGUGAACACCCCAUACCUGUACUUUGGCAUGUGGAAGACAUCCUUUGCUUGGCACACUGAAGACAUGGACCUCUACAGCAUCAACUACCUGCACUUUGGAGAACCAAAGUCCUGGUACUCUGUUCCACCUGAGCAUGGAAAGCGGUUGGAACGCCUCGCCAAAGGCUUUUUCCCAGGAAGUGCUCAAAGCUGUGAGGCAUUUCUCCGCCACAAGAUGACCCUGAUUUCCCCGUUAAUGCUGAAGAAAUACGGAAUUCCCUUUGACAAGGUGACUCAAGAGGCUGGAGAGUUUAUGAUCACUUUCCCUUAUGGUUACCAUGCCGGCUUUAACCAUGGUUUUAACUGUGCGGAGUCUACCAAUUUUGCUACCCGUCGGUGGAUUGAGUAUGGCAAGCAAGCUGUGCUGUGCUCCUGUAGAAAGGACAUGGUGAAGAUCUCCAUGGAUGUGUUUGUGAGAAAGUUCCAGCCAGAAAGGUACAAACUUUGGAAAGCUGGGAAGGACAACACAGUUAUUGACCAUACUCUGCCCACGCCAGAAGCAGCUGAGUUUCUUAAGGAGAGUGAACUGCCUCCAAGAGCUGGCAACGAGGAGGAGUGCCCAGAGGAGGACAUGGAAGGGGUAGAGGAUGGAGAGGAAGGAGACCUGAAGACAAGCCUGGCCAAGCACCGAAUAGGGACAAAGAGGCACCGAGUUUGUCUUGAAAUACCACAGGAGGUGAGUCAGAGUGAGCUCUUCCCCAAGGAGGAUCUGAGUUCUGAGCAGUAUGAGAUGACGGAGUGCCCGGCAGCCCUCGCCCCUGUGAGGCCCACCCAUAGCUCUGUGCGGCAAGUUGAGGAUGGUCUUACCUUCCCAGAUUAUUCUGACUCCACUGAAGUCAAAUUUGAAGAGCUUAAAAAUGUCAAACUAGAAGAGGAGGAUGAGGAGGAAGAAGAAGAAGCAGCUGCCUUGGAUCUUUCUGUGAAUCCUGCAUCUGUAGGGGGACGCCUUGUCUUCUCAGGCUCCAAAAAGAAAUCAUCUUCUAGCCUGGGCUCUGGCUCUUCACGGGAUUCUAUCUCUUCUGAUUCAGAAACUAGUGAGCCUCUCUCCUGCCGAGCCCAAGGGCAAACGGGAGUUCUCACUGUGCACAGUUAUGCCAAAGGGGAUGGCAGGGUCACUGUGGGAGAGCCAUGCACGAGGAAGAAAGGAAGCGCUGCUAGAAGUUUCAGUGAGCGGGAGCUGGCAGAGGUUGCAGAUGAAUACAUGUUUUCCCUAGAAGAGAAUAAGAAGUCCAAGGGACGCCGUCAGCCUUUAAGCAAGCUCCCCCGCCAUCACCCACUUGUGCUGCAGGAGUGUGUCAGUGAUGAUGAGACAUCUGAACAGCUGACCCCUGAGGAAGAGGCUGAGGAGACAGAGGCCUGGGCCAAGCCUCUGAGCCAACUGUGGCAGAACCGACCUCCAAACUUUGAGGCUGAGAAGGAAUUCAAUGAGACCAUGGCCCAGCAGGCCCCUCACUGCGCUGUCUGUAUGAUCUUCCAGACUUAUCAUCAGGUUGAGUUUGGAGGCUUUAAUCAGAACUGUGGAAAUGCUUCAGAUUUAGCCCCCCAGAAGCAGAGGACCAAGCCAUUGAUUCCAGAAAUGUGCUUCACUUCGACUGGCUGCAGCACGGACAUCAACCUUUCUACUCCUUAUCUUGAGGAGGAUGGCACCAGCAUACUCGUUUCCUGCAAGAAGUGCAGCGUCCGGGUCCAUGCCAGUUGCUAUGGGGUUCCCCCUGCAAAGGCUUCUGAAGACUGGAUGUGUUCUCGGUGUUCAGCCAAUGCCCUAGAGGAGGACUGCUGUUUAUGCUCAUUACGAGGAGGGGCCCUGCAGAGAGCAAAUGAUGACAGGUGGGUCCACGUUUCAUGUGCUGUGGCAAUUCUGGAAGCAAGGUUUGUCAACAUUGCAGAAAGAAGUCCGGUGGAUGUGAGCAAAAUCCCCCUGCCCCGCUUCAAACUGAAAUGUAUCUUCUGUAAGAAGCGGAGGAAAAGAACUGCUGGCUGCUGUGUGCAGUGUUCUCACGGCCGCUGCCCAACUGCCUUCCAUGUGAGCUGCGCCCAGGCUGCUGGUGUGAUGAUGCAGCCUGACGACUGGCCUUUUGUGGUCUUCAUUACCUGCUUUCGGCACAAGAUUCCUAAUUUGGAGCGUGCCAAGGGGGCCUUGCAAAGCAUCACUGCAGGCCAGAAAGUCAUUAGCAAGCAUAAGAACGGGCGCUUCUACCAGUGUGAAGUGGUCAGGCUCACCACCGAGACCUUCUAUGAAGUCAACUUUGAUGAUGGCUCCUUCAGCGACAAUCUUUAUCCUGAGGACAUAGUGAGCCAGGACUGUCUCCAGUUUGGUCCUCCUGCUGAAGGGGAAGUGGUCCAAGUGAGAUGGACAGACGGCCAAGUCUAUGGAGCCAAGUUUGUGGCCUCCCACCCUAUCCAAAUGUACCAGGUGGAGUUUGAGGAUGGCUCACAACUUGUGGUUAAGAGAGAUGAUGUAUACACACUGGAUGAAGAGCUUCCCAAGAGAGUCAAAUCUAGACUGUCAGUAGCCUCAGACAUGCGCUUCAAUGAGAUUUUCACAGAGAAAGAGGUUAAGCAAGAAAAGAAACGGCAACGAGUGAUCAACUCAAGAUACCGGGAAGAUUAUAUUGAGCCUGCACUAUACCGGGCCAUCAUGGAGUAGGUGCUUCCAGGGUCCAAGGGAUUCUCAGCCAUCCAGGCAAGAGCACUCUGGGUUCCACAGCACAGCAGACAUGGAACGCUGAAGUCUCUGAAAGUGAAGUUGUAAAAAGAAAAGGAAUGAAAUAACCGACCCAUCAUCUUCUCACCCACCCUCAUUGCAUUCCGCUGUAGUGAAAGGACGAGCCAUUUCUGGGCACGUGGCAGCAGUCGCUGAUCUCCCAGCUGAGGGGCUGAGCACUGGAAUGCUGUGGCUGCACUGGCCCCAGUCCAUAGAGGGGUCAACUAUGCUGGCUGGACUGGCUGCCUUGUUCCUGGCCUAGGACUUAGCUUCAUAACUAUCACCUGCACCGACUAGGCUGAGGUGCUGGUACUUGCCCCAACCCCUACUUUUGUAUUUAUAUGUGUGUGUGUGUGUGUGCGUGCGUGCGUGCGUGUAUGCGUGUAUGUUUGGUCUGGACCAGCUUCUGCCAGCCCCUGGCCUUUACUUUCUUCCUUGCCUAUGCAGGGCAAACAAAAUGUGAAAUUCUGCCCUCAGCUGAGCUGAGUAAGGGCUCCUGGGGGUUGGCUGGAGAUGGGUGUGGCAUCUGUCCGGGCCUGGAACCGCCUCAAGACAGUGCUGGCAAAGCUGCAGUAUUGAGAUGCUAAGGAGCUGAUGCCACCUCUUUGUCUUCCCCUAAAGGAGAACAUGGGGAUAACAUGGGUGUGUGCCCACAACACUCUAGGUGCAGAGCCCCUGUGGCAAAGUAUUACAGGGUGUGGGUGGGGAUUACCCUGAAGCGGGGAUUUUAAUGAUGGAAGCAGGCAGAGCCUGGUGGGUGAUUCUGUCAACAGAAAAUUGCAAUCAUGCAGGGGCUGGGAGGGUUAGGAUGAAAAAACUGGGGCCAUUGGAGGCCCACUGUGGGUGGGAGGGAGCUGAUUUUGGGGUGGGGGGUGGGACUAGAGGGCAAUACUGAAGGGGUUAAACAGGUUUUUGCUCCUCAAGAAUUUGUUUGCCUGGGCCCAGGAUUGGAGGGCUUCACACCAAUACCCUGUGUAUACAAGAAUCAGAUUUAUAAUACUUCCCCUUUUUUGUUACGUAUGAACACUAUAAACCAAAUUAUUUUGAAAACUGGUGCAUCACCUUGUCCUUAGCACUAAAAUGUGUUGAGCAGAG